AUGGAGUAUAUGUACCGGGAAUGUCCACCUAAUAUGCCAAUGCCAUAUCCAUCACGUGGGUUUAACUGCCAUGAUCCGGACUUCACAGAAAAUGCACAUCUCCUCCAUCAUGGUUGGCAACCUGCAGGGCAGCUGUUUGGGCAGCAAGUGCACAACAAAAGGAGAUGGUUACAACAGCAGGGCACUGGACUGUUUCCAUAUCAAGAUCACAGGCCAAGAGAUACUAUAUUUGUUCAUGGUGGAGAAGAGAUUCUAGUUAGUGAAGCUUUUAAUUCAGAAAGAUAUAGUAUUGCUGGAAGUUCAAAAUUGAGCAGUCAUGCUUUGGGUGCCAGGAGGGUCUCGUCUAGGUAUGAUGCUGGUCAUGAAGCAUAUGGUGUUGUUGGACUGCCCAGGCACAACGUUGACGGGCUGAUCCAAAUCGGUGGACAGCAGUUUAAGUGGGUGCCACUCAAGUCCAGAGAUUGCAAUCAAUCUGUGACAGGUUCAGAUGCGCUAGGGGCUAUUCAUGAUAUAAUUAAGUCUCUGGACACUUUUACUAUCCGCCAUAUAUCUAGAGAAGAAAAUUUUAGAGCUAAUCAUUUGGCCCAACAAGCAUCUGGUUUCCAGGUUACUAGUGGAAAGAUUUUAAUAAUAGAAAAACCAAUGCUAGCUGUAGUCGAAAGUGAGACCAAUCAUGUUGCUAGUUCGGUUUUGGGUCAAAUUGAGAGUUCUGGAGCUGAAAAGAUUAGUAGUUUUGGGGUGCAGGGUGCAUCAAGUGCUAGUUUAGUACAGCAGUAA